AUGGCUGGCCAUGGCGCCGUCGAUGACGGUGAUGCCGAUCUAGACGACGCCGAUAGCGUAGCCAUCGAAGAAGCCCGCACGGGGCUGGAUCUUCUUCUUAGGUCGUUAGGCCGCCCCUUUCCACCUCCUGCGCCGACUGCACCAGGUCCCGUUCCCAUGGUGCCUGAGGAGCCGACCCUCCUGCGCCGCCUGGUGUUUCGGACACCGGAGGCCCUCGCCGCUAAGGAUGCGGCAGAAGCUCUACCUGUUUUCAACAUGGUGGAUGAUCUCAUCCGCGUGGUCUCGGACCUGCUGGGGCGGUCCGGCCCGAAGCACCAGCGCUUCAUGGACCUACAGGAGCUUUUCACCGAGACCAUCUUGGAAGUCCAGGGCAUCCAUACAGUCCGGUGGCUCUCUCGGGGGGAUGCGUUGCUUCGCAUCCUGGCAGUGUGGCCAGCUGUCAUCGUCUUCCUCAAGGAGUUCCAUUCCGCCAUGUUUUUGCUCGCCACAUCGUACCGGUUCCACUUCUUCAUGUAUUUUCUUGCUGAUGUGCUUGAGCAGUUGAACUUCUUGAACAAGACCUUUCAGCAGCGCCAGCUGGACCUGGUCUCUCUGCACGGCCAGAUCAAGCGCACCACGUCACAUAUCGAGAGCCGAUAUGUUGACUGUGGUGACGACUUCGGCGGAGGCUUGAGCCGCUGGCUUUUGCCCUUCAUCGAGCGCUACAGCCCAGGAAAGGAGCGUGAAGUGACUGUCGAGGGGCCUGAUUCCGAUGGCCGGCCGUCUACAUUCAAGUUCAAGCUUCACGAAGACAAGGUCAAAGGCUACGAAGGCCCCUGUGAUCACGACGCCUGCGUUGAGGUCUGCACCGCUGAACGAAUCGUGGGGAACCUGGAGAAGAGGCUGAGUGACUUGGACUCAAUGUCUGGAGUCCGUCUGUUCCUGCCGGAUGAGUGGCCCAAGGGCAAGUCGGAGCGGCAUGCACGAUGCGUCGAGUGGCUGAACUCGCUGGAGACGCUGUUCAAGGCGCUCGAGGCAGAAGAGAUACUGCCAGGUGAAUGCAGCAAGAAGGGGAAAGCAACGGCAGCUAUGCAAUUUCUCGUUGCAACGUUUUACGCCAUGGCGGAUGGUGCGCAGUUGUGGGGGGGACACGAAACGCUGGCUGCAGAUGAGCCUUGCGGGGAAGGGCUGUGCGUUGAGGGCGGACACGAAGCCGUCGCGUUGGCGGAAGACUUAGGGGCGAAGACUCACGUCCGCGAGACAGGCGCUGGGAUCGGCGCAGACGAGGUGGCGGAGGGGGGAAUCGGCGGAGAUUUAGCGGAGUACCUUUGCGCGGCCGCGGAGCCGGACGCAGUCGCGAUGAACCCGCUGACUGCGAUUAACGCGAUGAGCGACGACGAGAUGUGGCGGGAUGAUUACGCGGCUGCUGCUGCUGAGUGCAUGGCUUUCGACGGAUCGCUUGCGGACGUCAUGGCUGCUGCGGGCUUAGGUGCAGACGUAAUGAGUAGAGACGAGCUUGUUUCGCAUGCUAUGGGGACUGGGCGCAUGGAUGGAGAUGAAAUCGGUAGUGAGGUAUUGGAUGCGGUGGCCACGGUAGCGACAAACGGAAUGGGAGACGGCGUGGCUACAGCCGGAAUAGCUACAGACGGAAGUGGUGCUGAGGGAAUGAUGAUACACGCGAUUGCUACAGACGGAAAUGUUGCAGAGGGAACAACGACAGAUGGAACAGUCACAGUCGCAGUCGCAGUGGGUGACGGAUUGGCUACAGAUGGAGUAGAUACAGCCGGAGCGGCUACAGACGGAGUGGUUACAGAAGGAGUGGUUACAGACGGAGUGGUUACAGAAGGAGUGUUUACAGAAGGAGUGGUUACAGACGGAGCGGUUACAGAAGGAGUGGUUACAGAAGGAGUGGUUACAGACGGAGUGGUUACAGACGGAGUGGUUACAGACGGAGUGGUUGCAGACGGAGUGGUUACAGAAGGAGUGGUUACAGACAGAGCGGCUACCGACGGAAUGGUUACAGACGGAGUGGUUACAGACGGAAUGGUCACAGAAGGAGUGGUUGCAGAUAGCACAGCAACCGACACUAUGGGGGCACAGUACUUGCCGGCAGGAAGGAUGGGAGGAGACGUGGGUGAAGGGGCAGGUGCAUCAGCUGAGGGGGCUAUUGUUGAGGCGCCUCAAGGGGCGAUGGGACAGACGAAUGAAGAGGCAGGCGCAGGAGUUGAGAGGGAGAGCGGCGAUGGCAGUGGGAGAAGCGAUGCUGUUAACCCUAGAAUUGAGGUUCAUAACGGGGUCGAUGCUUGCCAUUACGGUGCGGAGGCUAGUAAAAGGGUUGAGAACGGUACUGAAGAGACGGGGGCGGUGAAGAAUAAUGUUGACGUGAGUGGGCAUGGUUUGGGAGAGAAGGAGGACGUUGGUGGCGAGAUGGGGAGCGCUGGUGGUGAGGAGGAGGAGAGGAAGGAGAAAAGGGACGAGAAGGGCGAGGAGGGAAGGAAGAAAGGGGGGGAGGUGGAGGAGGAUGAGGAGGAAGAGGUGGAUGUGGUGGGGUGUGACGAGUUAGGAGGAGGGGCGAGAGUGGGGGAAGGUGGUGAAGCUACGGUGAAUAGUCAACACAUUGGAAUCGCUGAUGACGUCAUGGGAGAUGGCAAAGCCGCUGAUGACGUCACGGGAGAUGACAAGACCGUUGGUGACGUCAUGGGUGACGUCAAAACCGCUGGUGACGUCAUGAUUGAUGACAAAACCGCUGGUGACGUCAUGAUUGAUGACAAAACCGCUGGUGACGUCAUGAUUGAUGACAAAACCGCUGGUGACGUCAUGAUUGAGGGUGAGUGUGGCGAAAGGAGGGAGAUGAGAGAUGGGGAGGCGAUUGAGGCCGCGGAUGGAGGUACGAGUGAGCGUGGUAUGAGGAAUAUGGAUGAGAUGGAAGGUGGAGGUGUGGUGAAUGGUGGGAGUGAGGUGAAUGAUGGGAGUGAGACCAAGGUUGAAGGACAGGAGCAGCGAGAGGAGGUGAGGGUUGGAGGGAGAGAGGAGGAGAAGGAGAAGGAGGGGGGUGUAAGGAAGGAGCAGGGAGAAGUGGUGACUGGCGGAGAGGGGAAGGAGGAGAAGGCGGAGGAGAAGGCGGUGGAGGAGGCGGUGGAGGAGGAGGUGGAGGAGGAGAAGGAGGAGGAGGAACGAGGAGGCGAUGCUGGUGUGCGUGAGGAGGCAGGGGAGAGAGAGCUGCAGGUGGAAGCUGGAGCAAGAUCGGAGGGCGAUGGUGGGAAGCAGGGGCAGGAAGGAGAAACAGGGAGAUUGGAAGAGGCCGAACGAGAGAUAGGGAGGACGGGGAGAGAAGAAGAGGAUAGUGCGAGGGAGGCAGCUGAGAAGGAAAAGGUGGCAGGCGAGGCCAAGAAACAAGAGGAGAAAGGAGAGGCGGAAGAAGAAGAGGAAGAGGAAGAUGAUGACGACGAGGAAGAAGACGAGGAGGAGGAGGCAGAGGAGGAAGGAAGAGGUGGGAAGAGCGGGUCAAACCUGGGGUUAAACAGAAGUGCUUCUAGGGCAGGCAGAGAGGAAGAUGAAGAACCAGCGCUGUCCAAAUCAGCAGCUAGAGCAAAAGCAGGAGGAGAAGCAGCAGCAGGUGAACACCUGUGGCCUGUGAGUAAGCUGGUCUCACUCAUAUCAACCCAAGGGGAGGUGCUAUCUGAGCAGGUGGUGACUCUUCAGCAGGUGGUUCUGGAGCAGCAACGGCUGGUGCAGCAAUGCUCCGUGGAGUGGAGGGAGCAACAGAAGCAGAUCCAGCAGCAGGUGCGGCUGCUGCAGGUGCAGCAGAAGCAGCAGCAGCAGGCGCUGCAGCAGCAGCAGCAGGCGGAGGAGGAGGAGCAGCAGCGGCUACAGGAGAUCACCCAGCGGCCGCGGCUCUCCUCUUCCUCUCCCCCCGCUCUGCUCACAGCCUCUCCUGUUUCCUGCUCCCCUUUUCUCUCCCCUGUUCCCUCCUCACCCAUGAUUACACCCCGUUCUUACCCUCUCUAUCUCGUGUUGUUGCUUCGCCCUGGCCCUCCCUGCAGGCGUCCAUGUUACUGCACCCAGACGCAGCACGGCACAGAUUCAGAGGCAGCGUUGCAGCAGCACCUGGCGCUCUUCUUCUCGCUAAAGGACACCAUCACUAAGAAAGAGGCCCGCGCUAUUGCCACUGCUGCUGCCACCUCCUCCUCUCAUGUUCGGGAGGUUUUUGGAUCCUUCCGCUCCCAUAUACGCUCCCUGCUCCAGUCAUUACCCACCACGUGUCCUGCACCGCAGCACAGACCAACCACCACAGCCACCAACAGUAACACCACCACCAACAACAGUGCCUCCCUAGUAGCGGCUCAUCUCCCUGUCUCACAAUCAGCAUCUCUCUGCCUGUCCUUAUCCCCAGACACACCCAAGCACCUUGCUCCCAAACCCACUGCUGCCUCUCUUCCCCUCUCCCAAACACCUGGUCAAACCGCACUUUCGGUCACCAGCGCUGGCGCCAAUGGUGGCAUUGCAAUCAGUGCAGCAGCCUCUAGCAAACCGUCUGCACCACACCCGCUCUCCUCCCCCUUGCCUCACACAACCACUCCUCACCCCCCUGUAUCAGGGUCGAAACCUCAUCUCGCUUCCAAAACUCCGGUGGUGACAAACCCCCUGCCAUACAAAUCCCCAGCAACCCCCCCAACCCCUCUAACAGCAGCGUCUAGACUCCCAGCAGCACCCCUCUCUUCUGCAUCUCACCCAGUCGCCUCCCACCUUCCUGCAUCUCACCCUCCCGCGUCUCACCCCCCACGCACGCGGGCGGCUCUGGUGGCAAAGCGGCGAUCGUCCAUGCAGGGAGGAAAGGAGAUCUCAGCGUCUGCUCAGAAUAAGGAAGCACCAGGGGAACGCAAGAGAGGGGAGGAGGAGCGAGCAGGGGAGGUAGAAGAGAGGCCGAGAGAAACUGACCUAGAUGUGCUUCUAUCUGAUGCUGAACGCGCCCUUUCCUUCUCUGCUGGCCCGGCUGCCAACACCCCCUCCUCCUCGUCUCGCUCUGCUCUCUCCUCGACUCCUUGGUGGGAGGGGCUGGAAGAGAAAGCGGCAGCAGCGGCACGAGAGGCAGAGGCUGAGGAAGCGAGCGCAGCAGCAGCAGGAGGAGGAGCAGGAAUAAAAGCAGGAACCCAUGGCUAUUUCUUGCCCUCCUCGUCUCCAACCGCUUCUGCUGCGGCAGCUGCAGCGGCUGCUGCAGCAGGUGCCUCACCCAGCAGUGCAUCUGCACGGGCUGGGUGCCAAGUUGCGUCUAUACUGGCCUCUCACCUGCGCCAGAGCACAGGAGGCUUCACUGCACAGCAGGCGUCGCUGCUGCAGCUGCUGCUGGUUCGGCCAGUCUCGAGCCUGCGCAAGCUACUGGAGGUAGAGAGCAAGGCGCCAGCGCUGGCAGCAUGGCUCAGGCAUGCGGCAGAGGAGAGCCAAACCACCAUCCUGCUGCUGCUGCUACAGUUACUGGCAGCCAUACCAGUGACGCUGUCUGACCGGCCGGUUCUCACAUCCCUCAAGCCGCUGCUGCAGGGUCUUUGCUCCUACGACCCCUCAGCCACGGAGCCCAUGCGCUGCUCCAUCCUCACUCAGUUUCCUGUUCCCCUUGCCCCCUCUGUCUCACCUCUCCAACCCAACCCCCAUACACCCCCCACCGCCCUCCCCAUCCUCCCCACUUGCCCCCCCUCCACUGCCCCACCAACCCCCUUGCACGUCCCCAUCAGUACGCGUGAGCCACGGGGCCCAUGUGCUGCUCUCCUCGUGGCACCCCAUCCUCACCCCGCCGCUCGUCCCUCUGCCCCAGUCGCCCCCGCUCUCUGCUGCCACCAGGCCGUCUCUGCACAAGGGCGGGAGAGGCGACAAGCGCGCAGUGAUGGUAUCAAUAGCCUCGCCGCCCCAUGCAUCCGGCAAGCCUGUUUAGAGGCGCCUCACAAACUAACGCUCUCUCCUCCUCCCCCCUCCCUCACUCCCCCUCUCAGGCGACAAGCGCGCAGUGAUGGUAUCAAUAGCCUCGCCGCCCCAUGCAUUCGGCAAGCCCGCAUCGCACAACCGCCCCCUCUCUGCAGACGAGAUCAUGCAUGCCAAACGCCGCCGCAUAAGGAGAGUGGAGCAGGGGUGGGCGUGGUUGGGGCUAGUUUGACUGGGAAAGCGGGUGAGGAGGAGCAUGGAGGACAAGGCGUGAAGCAGGAGAGGAAUGAGGAGGCUGUAUCAGCAGCAGCAGGAGGAGGAGCAGGAGCAGGAACAGGAGCAGGAGCAGAAGCAGCAUCAAAUGUAGGGCCGAAGAGGGAAGAGGUCUGUACUGUGACCAAGGCAGCGCCAGCCAACAUGUCUGCUCGCCUGGGCAGCAGCAGUGGCGGCAGCGAUGGGUUUGGGGGAAUCACUCGCUCCUAUGUGGGCCCUGCUCGCCUGAGGUUCAUGGGCAGAGGGGCAGGGCGAGGUGGUAUGUCAGCAAGGGGAGGUGCAGGGGCAAGAGGGGUUGCUUCUCCUCCUCCUCCUCAUCCUGCUGCUUCUGCUACUGCUGCUGCUGCUGGCAGGGUGCGAGUGGAUGGGGGCUUGGACUGGGGAGGAGGGGGCGUGGAGAAGGGGCGGAGUGGGCCGAGAGGUGCUGCUGGUGGGGGGGAGUGGACGAUGGGUGCAGACACGAAGGAUCAUAUGCGGGAUAAUCGCGCACAGGGGGCUACAGUGGCGGCAGCGUUGAUGGCGGGAGUGGUGGGCGGCGCAGUGGGGCUUGGGGGAGCGGGGCAGAUGGCGGAUGCAGGGCAGGUUGAAGCAGGUUCGUGGGCGCCCCAGGAGAUGGAGAUUGGGCCACAAAAGGUGGCUGCUGCAGCAGCUGUGGGGUCUGUAGCAGCCUCUGUAAGAGUCGAGGAAUGUAGGGGCGGUGAGGGAGGUGAGGAGGGUGAGGAGGGUGUGGGGGGUGUGAUGGAUGUGGGAGGUUCGAGGGGUGAGGGGGGUGUGGGAGGUGGGGAGCGUGAGGAUGCAGAUGAGGGACAGAUGGGAGCUGCUGAUGUGGGUGCUGCUGGUGCUACAGGGUGGGCAGAGGAGGCUACAAUGGGUGGUGCCGCAGGGGCUAUGGAGAGUGGAGAGGCUGCCGAGAUGUUGGGGGUUGCAGAGCAUGCGGGGGGUGUGGGGGGUGUGGGGAGCACUGCGGUGGAUGGUUCUCAUGUGGAGUGUAACCGGAACGAGCCAGGGGUUGCUGCACCGGUGAGCGGACGAGCAAGGGAUGGGGCGGUAUGCGUGGGAGUAAGGGAGGAAGAAGCUGGUGUUGGUGUGAUGGGUGGUGGCGGAGGGAGUGGAGAAGGAGGAGAGGAGGAGGCUGUGGGGGUGAGGGUGGAACGUUCUGGCGGUGAGUGUGCAGCAGCAGAGGGCAACGUGGGGAGUGAACAAACAGGGCAGCUGAGAAGUCCUCUGGAUGAGGGUAGACAGAGUGAGGGGGGUGAAGCUGCUGUGGCUCCUGUCCCCGUGGCUUCCUCUGCUUCAGAUUUGAUGAGAGGGCCGCGAGAGGAAGUGGCGGCAGCUGUGGGGGCAGCAGUUACGGGGGAGCUUGGGCUGGAGGUAUUAGGAGAUGAAUCAGAGGCACACCCUGCUGCUGCGGCGGCGGCGGUGGUGGCGGCGGCGGCUGCUGUUGGUGGGGCAUCAGGAGGGUCGGGGGGGAUUUCUGUUGUGGAAAUGGGAGUGGGAGAAGGAGCAGGGCGGAUGGGUGUGAAGGGGGAGAGUGGGGGAGUCAACCGGGUGUUAGGGGCAGUGGUGGGAGUUGAUAGGGAAGAAAGUGCCGGGGGGAUGAGGAAGAGGGCAAAGGUUGAGGGUGAGGGAGUGGAAAGGCGGAUGGCAGAAAAAAUUGCAGUGGCUGGGGACGGAGGGAAGGAGCAGCGGGAGGAGAGUAAAAAGGAGGAGGAGGAGCGGAAAGUGAAGGAGAAAGACAAGGAGGAAGAAGAGGAGAGGGAGGAGAAAGCGGAGAAGGAGGAAGAAGAGGAGGAGGAUGAGGAGGCUUUAGAUAGAAUGGUGAUGGAGAUUAUAGGGGUGCCAAACAAGGGUAGGGCGGAGCAGCACAUGAGUGGCAUGGGUGGUGAGGAGACGGCUGAGAUGCGCAAGCAGGUGGCGGCUAUGAGGAUGGGCAUGGUGCUGUGGCCUCCACUCACAGUCCAACCCUGCGGUGGUGGCGCGCAAUCUUUGAGGCGCCUCAUACUUCCACUACCCACCACCUUCCCUGCUCCCGUGCUGCACCCCUUGCUUGCUUGCCUGCGUGCAGGCGUCCUCCACACGCGCUCCAGCCCGGUGGAGGUGGCGCGGGGCGAGAGCAGCAGCGAGCUGAAGCGAGUGGAGCACCACAUUGCAUCGGUCAUCGCCAGGGGCGUGCGCCGCACUCCUUCCUCCCAUGCCUGGUCGCCCGCCGAGCCUGCCCUUGAGAGUGACACUGCAGAGGAGGUGGAUGAUGCUAGGACGCCCGUUAUUUCUACAGUUGUGCAGAGGAAGGUGGGGGAGGGUGGGGGUGGGGGAGCGCAGCAGUGGCGGGGUGGGCUGGAGGUGGGAGGAGGGGGGAGAAGUGGGGAGUGGGGGCACAUGCAUGCCACAGCUUGUGUUGAAGCCAACGAAAGCUAA